AUGGGACACUUUGUGAGAUAUUGCCGUAUGACCAGACGUGGUGGCUCGUAUCAAGUUUCUCAAGCUUCGACUUUCAGGGUUGCACAACCUCCAACUACGAGAGGUUUACAGAGUUGUAGAGGUGGUUCUCAUUCAGGUAAAGGUAGUUUUCCUUCUGGUCGAGGUGGUGGUCGUAGAGGUUCACAAUCUGAGGGUAGUCGUUCUCACUAUUAUACUUUUCCAGGUAGGCUAGAGGCUAAGACUUCAGAUGUUCUUAUCAUAGGUAUUAUUCCGGUUUGUGAUCGACCAACUAUUAUAUUAUUUGAUCCAGGCUCUAUUUAUUCUUAUGUUUCCACAUACUUUGCUUCGAGUCCGUAUAUAUUAUGUGAGUAUCUUGAUUUGCCAGUACAUGUUUCUACUCUUGUUGGAGAUUCUGUAGUGGCAGAUCGGGUGUAUCGACUGUGUAUAGUUACUUUGAUGGGAUAUGACACUCAUGCAGAUUUAAAGGUCUUAGAUAUGGUAGAUUUUGAUGUGAUUCUUGGUAUGGAUUGGUUAUCUUCUUAUCACGCAAUUCUAAAUUGUCAUUCCAAGACAGUUACAUUAGCUAUGCUUGGAAUUCCUAUAGUAGAAUGGAGAGAACCAGGCACUCAGCCUAUUUCCAUUCCUACUUAUCGUAUGGCACCCGCCGAAUUGAAAGAGUUGAAGGAAAAAUUGCAGGAUUUGUUAUGCAAGGGAUUUAUAAGACCGAGUUAUCUCCUUGGGAUGCUCCAGUGUUAUUUGUGGAAAAAAAAAGAUGGAUCCAUGCAUAUGUGUAUAUACUAUCGACAGUUGAACAAGGUCACCAUUAAAAAUAAGUACAUGAUACCUUGUAUUGAUGAUUUAUUUGAUCAGCUGCAGGGUGCUUCAGUUUUCUCCAAGAUUGACUUGAGAUCCGGUUAUCAUCAGUUGAAGGUUAGGGUGGAGGAUAUCCACAAGACAUCUUUUCGAACACGUUAUGGCAAUUAUGAGUUUCUGGUAAUGUCUUUUGGAUUGACAAAUGCCCCAACAACUUUUAUGGAUUUGAUCAACGGAGUGUUCAGACCAUACUUGGAUUCUUUUGUAAUUGUCUUCAUAGAUGAUAUAUUGAUAUACUCCCGUAGUAAGGAGGAACACGAGCAUCAUUUGAGGAUUGUGCUUGGAAUUUUGAAGGAGAAGAAUCUCUAUGCAAAUUUUCAAAGUGUGAGUUUUGGCUUAGUUCGGUAUCGUUCUUGGGACAUGUAG